GGAAUAUUGGGUAGAUAGGUGUGGAUAGCCGACUUGCUUGUAUUGUAUAUAUAGUCAUACUCGACCUGUGGAUUAGAGUUGUCGAGAGAAUUGUAUUCUUAGCAUAAGAGUGGAGUUCGCUAAGCUUGUAAGCGAGUGAAUAACACUAAGGGCUAAGGGGUAGAGGUUCUAGAGAUCUUGUAUUCGAUCUUAGGACGUGUGAGGCUAGGGGAGCAAGUCAAGAAGGGUCUUGAUCUUGUUCGAGUUCUGUUUAAAGAGAUACUUGUAAGUUCGCUUUAAAAGAAUACUAGUAAUAACACAUAUCUUUGUAGAGAUAUUCUCUGGUGUACACUGUGCUUUACUAUGUGAGGUAGUUCUUGCAUUUACAAGUGGUAUCAGAGCAGUCACCCGUUCAAUUAUAUAACAUGUGAGAUCCUGCGGAAGAAAUGGAGAACUAUCAUGAGCUGGUGUCAAGCACAAAGGUGAUGUUGGAUGGAUCCAACUACAGACUUUGGAAGUCACGAAUGAGGUCUAUCAUUCGAGGAAUUGAUGCCAUGGCGUGGAAAUCUGUGACAACUGGAUGGUCAGAACCAAAGGCUAAGGACGAGAAUGGUGUUGAAUCCAACAAAGAAGAAGAACUUUGGACCGAGACAGAACUCAAGAUGGCGAAGUUCAACUCCAGAGCACUUUCAGCUAUACACGCUAGUGUUACAAAGAAACACUUUGAGCUGAUUCAAGGAUGUGAGACCACCAAGGAAGCGUGGGAAAUACUGCAAACUCACUUCGAAGGAACGUUAAAAGCGAAGAGCUCACGACAGGAUUAUCUAGCAUCCAAGUUUGAGAAUCUCAAAAUGGGAGAAAGUGAAUCGGUUAAAGAAUUCAGCUCACAGCUCAGUGGCAUAGCUCAUGAAUCCUUAGUAUUGGGAAAGAAAUACAAGGAUAAGAAGCUGGUCAAGAAGUUUCUAAGGUAUCUACCAUCUAAGUAUUCCGCAUACAAGGCAACUAUGUCAGUCUCACUGAAUACAGAUGAGAUAAGCUUUGGUGAAGUAGUAGGGAUGCUGAGAGCACAUGAAAUGGAGAUUGACGGAGGAAAGAAACGAAAGGGAGUUGCACUGGUAUCACAAGAUUCAGAUGACAUAGAAGAUGACGAUGAUCCAGUAAGUAUGCUUGUUAGGCGGUUUGACAGAGUCCUUCGUAGAGCCGAAUCAGGUCAGAGAAGAGGAAGUACAUCACAACGUGCUGCAGAAGGUGAGAAACGAACAUCUAAGUCAGAAAAGAACGAUCAUAAAGUGGAGGUUCAGUGUCAUGAGUGCAAGGGGUAUGGACAUUACAAAACUGAUUGUCCAACUGUUCGAAGGAGAGAAAUCAAGUGCUACAAGUGCAAAGGAAUUGGACACACUCAACUAGAAUGCGUCAACGAUCAGACACUACAAGAAAUAUUGGUUUUGAUAGCAGUAGAGGAUAGCGUUUUUUGUCUUUCUACUAUGGUUGACAUACCCGUUUGUUUUAGAUAGCGUUUGUAUAUUUUGAAACGCUAUGACAUAAUAGUAUAUUUGGAAACGUUAUGAUAGCGGAUGUCUAAUAGCAAAAUAAUUAAAACGCUAUGUUUGGUUUAUCUAAUCUAAACCCUAAACAAGUUUUUAAACCCUAAACUCCAAGUAUAAACCUUAAAAAUCUUAUAUUCUCAUACUAUAACUUCAAAUCUUGAAUUUUAACUCAAAUUUAUUCUUCUUAUAUAACUUCCAAACACACAAACCUUAAUUCCUCAAUCAAACUCUAUACCCUAAAUCCUAACGUGAAACAUAUAUAAACCAUGCAUCCAAUACAUAUAAAUUUCAAAUCUAAAAUUUUAUUAAUCUAACAAAUUUUAAAUGUAAAUCUUAAUCACAAAUCCUUAUAUAGUAACUAUAAUCCUUGUACUUUCAAAAUUUUUAACCCUAAAAUCAUAACAUAAAACACUUUACACAAACUAAUUAUAAAAACCCCAUUAUGCAGUUUUUGAAAAUCAUAUAACCAGAAAAAUCUAAUCAAAAUUUAUAUUUCAUAUGUUAAAUUACAAUAUAUAAUCUUUACAUUUAGGCAAUUUAUAAAACAAUUAAAAAGAAAUCUAAAAACAAUUUUAUUGCUACUUUUUAUGACCAUUGAUUGAUUCUAAUCUAAGGGCUGAGAUUUUUCUUUUGUCUAUCUCCAACCUUCUCUGUCAUUGGUUAAUUUUUUUUCUCAAAGAUUAUGGUUCUUAGCCAUUGAUGCAACGUAAUCCAAAGGCCACAAUUUAGUCUUUCUCUUUCUCACUUAUCUUCUCCUAUACGACUUUUUAUUUUUCUUUCUUCACCAACAACAUCGACAAUUAAUCCAAUGAGGGCAAAGCAACUGGUUGUUGGACCACCAUGGAAGAAGAGACGAUGGCACCGGUCUGAGUUCGUCGCUGUCGUCACCGGUCUCGAACUCGGAGGGAGCAUGGUGGUGCUUAGUAGCGAGGGUGAUUUCUGAAACGGCGGCGGAGAGUGGAGGCGUGAAGAGUUCGAGGUGGUGAUGAAGUUUUGUCAAAGGAAAGCCCUCGCAACAUUGCAGUGCUCAUCCUCUUGUCCGGUGACGUUUUAAAACUCCUGAAGCAGAUCUGUUUAUCCAAUGAUUCCUUUUUUUUUUUGGAAAGCCAAUGUCAGGAUUACACAGGUGAAGUUUGGAUUGUUCUUUUAAGAUGUAUCCUCGGAUUUGAUUAGUGAAUCACGUGUUCUGUUCUGAGACUUUCAUUUGAUUCUUAAGAUGGCAAAGGAAUCUAGCGGUGGUGGUGGAGGUGAAGCCGAGCAAGAAGAAGAAGAGAGGUGGAGAAAGAGAGACGACAAAGACACACAAGGAAGAAGAGGAUACGGCAAGGUGGAUGGGAGAAGACAACACAUGCGGCUGAGAAGAUUAGAUUUAGGUUUAUUUUUUAAUCUGGGUUUAGGGUCUUUUUAAUUUUGGGUUUCGUUUUUGUAAUACAAUUUUAAUUAAUAAAUUAAUUUUAAUUAUAAA